AUGAUGGAUCAUCUGCAGCCCUUCACCUUUGGGGGUUCGUCUCGGCAUACUCCUUCAGAACCUAAGGCCAAACCUGCGCCGCUGGAUCGACCUUCCUUCACAUUCAUUGAUCACGACGAUGACUUGACCUCCAAGAGGAUUAAAGAUGUCAACGCCCGUAAAGCCAUUCGAUCUCAUGUGAUGCGCGAUGUACGCCGGCGCGAGAGACUCGCUGGUUUGAAACGCACAUCCAGACAGAAUCGCGGGCAGCCCGACGCGUCCAAGGCUGCUGUCGAUGAAUCAGAUGGGCAAAGGCUGGUGCUGAGGGCUUCAUCUCAAUCCUCUAUUUCGUCUUCCAUGCUGGACACAGACUCCGGAGACAGUUUUGCCUUGAUAUAUCGGAGAGGACGCCCUGCUAAAUGGUGUGCUGGUUAUCCUUUACCUCUCCAUUCAAACCCUAAUCCACCCACAUCAUGGUUUCUCGAUCCUUUCUUUACCUUGCCGGGUACCAGCGAGCUUCCUUCUAUGGUUGCACAUUUGGUGUACUACUGGAAAACUAUAUUUGUGCCGAUGACUUUCCCGAACACGAGCAAAGAUUCAAAUCAAGAGAUGGAACUGAUGGUUCGAUCCUCAUUCUCGGACCCAGGCAGUUUCUUCGGGCUGAUGAGCAUGUGCGCUGCACAUCGAGCGGUCCUCGCAAGCCAGCGAUCGGGUGUUUGGGAUGCAGUGCUCGCCAAUGAUCCUGACUAUUGUAUGAUGAGAGCAAAGUCCUUUCAAGAAAUGAGUGCGAAGGUACGGGAUCCAAGUCGCAGGCUCAGCAACGAGGCGUUUGAUACUAUAAUCAACCUCCUCACUGGCUCACUAAUCAUCGGGGAGUUCAAUGAAGUCCACACUCAUCUAACGGGACUUAAACAUAUGGUUGAUCAACGAGGUGGGAUAACAGAUGACAGUAUUCGUUCUUCUUCAAUGUUGUCUGCCAUAAUCACCACGGACAUCAAAGCUGCCUCGGGUCUCAUGACCAAACCCGUCUUUCCCUUAACUUGGGAUGCGCAGCCAAUUCCUUCGGAGAUCCAACAACGAAUCAGGCCACUGGCUUCGUCUACUCUCAACAGGCUUGGCCUGGGAUUUUCUGCCAAUACACUGCUUAGUCCCUCUUUACUGAGUAUUAUAAGUGUGUUGCGGGACAUGGUAUUUUUCCACAUCACUUAUCAAACGAAUCCGGCAGUCAUAAAACCCAGUGACCAAGAUUUUUUCCGCAUCCUCAAUUGCGAAGCAGAGCAUCAACUUCUCAGCUAUAUCUAUGUAGAAGGUUCCCUCAACCCGGAACUUCAUCUUCAUCCCAUUGAAGCAGUCACUAGAGUGGCUUCCAUCUGCUUCCUCAAUGAUUUCUUGAUCGUCUCGCCUUCGUCGUCUGGACUGGGACGAGCCCUUACCAAACAUCUCAGGACAGCCGCGGGUGAUUGCAAAUUGUCCCUGCUGGUGGGAUUACCGAAACAAAAUUUUGAGCUCUAUGGUUGGACAUUAUUCAUUGGAGCCCAAGGAGCCUUUGGUCAGCCCGAGAGAUCGUGGUUUGUGGAACGACUGGCUCGUAUUGCAAUGAUAUGUGGAUGGCAUUCGUGGGAGCAAGUUUCGAGAUUGAUGGCUGAGUUUUUUUUCGUGACUUCAGACAGUUUGAAUUGGCGUUUGAUUUGGGAUGAAGCAAUGACUGGAUUUGUGCUAUCCGAGUCGGAGGAACUGGAAUUCUCAUCUUUUCUUGCCAUGGAUGCAUCCUCCUUUACUUAG